AUGGUUUGUCGGGAGUAGUUUAGUGUAGGCUUCACAGCGGAGGGGAGAGACCGUCCUGGGAAGAAAGACAAACAAACAAAACAACAAAAAAAAAACAACAGAAAAGGAUUGUUUUAGGCUUCCGUAGCGGGACUUAGGGUGAAAGCUGCCACAAGUGGUGGGACGUUUUUUGACUCGGUUAGUGCUCUAAAGUUGUCACCAUGCCGGUUUUUCACACGAAGACGAUAGAAAGUAUCCUGGAGCCGGUGGCUCAGCAGAUAUCCCAUCUGGUGAUAAUGCACGAAGAAGGUGAAGUUGAUGGGAAAGGUAUCCCGGAUCUGUCGGCUCCGGUGGCUGCCGUGCAGGCGGCUGUUAGCAACCUUGUUCGGGUGGGGAAGGACACUGUCCAAACCACAGAGGACCAGAUCAUGAAAAGGGACAUGCCACCGGCUUUUAUCAAAGUGGAGAAUGCAUGCACUAAGCUGGUGCAGGCGGCCUCGAUGCUGAAAGCUGAUCCCUACUCCGUUCCUGCUCGCGAUUACCUCAUCGAUGGCUCUCGGGGCAUCCUGUCAGGAACCUCCGACCUGCUCCUCACGUUUGAUGAGGCUGAGGUGCGCAAGAUAAUCCGAGUGUGCAAAGGCAUCCUGGAGUAUCUGAUGGUGGCGGAGGUGGUGGAGUCCAUGGAGGAUUUGAUCACGUACACAAAGAACCUGGGACCGGGUAUGACCAAGAUGGCAAAGAUGAUAGAUGAGCGACAGCAGGAGCUGACGCAUCAGGAGCAUCGUGUGAUGCUGGUCAACUCCAUGAACACAGUCAAAGAGCUGCUGCCCAUCCUCAUCUCAGGUAUCAAAAUUUUCGUCACUACUAAGACGUCAGGCAGCCAGGGAGUGGAAGAGGCCUUGAAGAACCGGAACUUCACUUUUGAGAAGAUGAGCGCUGAGAUAAACGAGAUCAUCCGAGUGCUGCAGCUCACGUCCUGGGACGAGGACGCGUGGGCCAACAAGAAGGACACAGAGGCCAUGAAGAGGGCUCUGGGGCUCAUCGAUUCAAAGAUGGCUCAAGCUAAGAACUGGCUGCGAGAUCCGAACGCUCAACCAGGGGACGCCGGCGAGCAGGCCAUCCGGCAGAUCCUGGACGAAGCCGGUAAAGUCGGUGAACUGUGUGCGGGGAAGGAGCGUAGAGACAUCCUGGGCACGGCUAAGACUCUGGGCCAGAUGACCGACCAGGUGUCUGAGAUGAGGGCCAGGGGUCAAGGAGCAUCCCCAGCUGCCAUGCAGAAGGCUCAGCAAGUUUCCCAGGGGCUCGACGUGCUCACGGGCAAGGUGGGAAAUGCUGCCCGCAAACUGGAGGCCAUGACCAACUCCAAGCAGGCCAUCGCCAAGAGGAUUGACGCUGCGCAGAACUGGCUGGCAGACCCUAAUGGAGGCCCAGAGGGAGAGGAGAACAUCAAGGCCCUGCUCACCGAGGCCAAAAAGAUUGCAGACAUGUGCGAGGACCCGAAAGAAAGGGAGGACAUAUUGCGCUCUGUUGGAGAGAUCGCUGCCAUGACUGCCAAGCUGUCUGAUCUCAGAAGACAGGGUAAAGGUGACACGCCUGAGGCCAGAGCUUUGGCUAAACAGAUUGCUACGGCUCUCCAGAACCUGCAGUCCAAGACCAACAAAGCGGUGGCCAACAGCAGGCCCGCGAAGGCAGCUGUGCACUUGGAAGGAAAGAUCGAGCAGGCGCAGCGAUGGAUUGACAACCCCACUAUAGACGACAGCGGCGUGGGCCAGGCAGCCAUUCGUGGCCUGGUGGCCGAGGGCCGCAGGCUGGCCAACGCUCUUCCGGGCCCCUACAGGCAGGAGAUGCUGGGUAAAUGCGAGCAGGUGGAGCAGCUCAUGGCCCAGCUGGCCGACCUGGCCGCCCGCGGAGAAGGGGACUCCCCUCAGGCACGCGCCAUCGCUCAGCAGCUCCAGGAGGCCCUGAAAGACCUGAAAGGAAAGAUGCAAGAGGCGAUGACUCAGGAGGUGUCUGACAUCUUCAGUGACACAACCACCCCCAUCAAGCUGCUGGCGGUAGCCGCCACCGCCCCACUCGACGCCCCCAACAGAGAUGAGGUCUUUGACGAGAGAGCUGCCAACUUUGAGAACCACGCCAAUAAGCUUGGCACCACAGCAGAGAAGGCUGCUGCCGUUGGCACCGCUAACAAGAGCACGGUGGAGGGAAUCCAGGCUGCCGUCAAGUCAACAAGGGACUUAACACCACAAGUGGUUUCCGCCGCUCGUAUCCUGCUCAGGAACCCCGGCAACCAAGCUGCGUAUGAGCAUUUUGAAACCAUGAAGAAUCAGUGGAUAGACAACGUGGAAAAAAUGACGGGUUUGGUGGACGAGGCCAUCGACACCAAAUCUCUGCUGGACGCCUCAGAGGAAGCCAUCAAGAAAGACCUGGAAAACUGCCGCCUGGCCAUGGCCAACCUUCAGCCUCAGUUCCUGGUGGCCGGCGCCACCAGCAUCGCCCGGCGAGCCAACCGCAUCCUCCUGGUGGCGAAACGGGAGGUGGAGAACUCCGAGGAUCCGAAGUUCAGGGAGGUGGUGAAGGCUGCGUCGGACGAGCUGAGCCAGACCAUCUCUCCGAUGGUGAUGAAUGCGAAGGCGGUGGCUGGAAACAUCAAAGAUCCGAGUCUUCAGAAGGGCUUUCUGGACUCCGGUUAUAAGAUUCUUGGUGCCGUGGCGAAGGUCAGGGAGGCGUUCCAGCCUCAAGAGCCAGACUUCCCACCUCCUCCUCCUGAACUGGAUCAGCUUAAUCUCAACGACGAGGCAGCACCUCCCAAGCCUCCUCUUCCAGAGGGUGAGGUUCCUCCCCCCAGACCUCCUCCCCCAGAGGAGAAGGAUGAGGAGUUCCCUGAGCAGAAGGCUGGCGACGUGUGCAACGAGCCCAUGAUGGUGGCCGCCAGGCAACUUCACGAUGAAGCGCGCAAAUGGUCCAGUAAAGGAAAUGACAUCAUCGGCGCUGCCAAGCGAAUGGCCUUGCUCAUGGCUGAGAUGUCACGUCUGGUGCGCGGAGGUAGUGGAAACAAGCGCGCCCUCAUCCAGUGCGCCAAGGACAUCGCCAAGGCCUCCGACGAAGUCACGCGGCUGGCAAAGGAAGUGGCCAAGCAGUGCACUGACAAACGCAUCCGGACCAACCUGCUCCAGGUGUGCGAGCGUAUUCCCACCAUCAGCACUCAGCUCAAGAUCCUGUCCACGGUCAAGGCCACCAUGUUGGGUCGCACCAACAUCAGCGAAGAGGAGUCAGAGCAGGCCACCGAGAUGCUGGUCCACAACGCUCAGAACCUGAUGCAGUCCGUGAAGGAGACGGUCAGGGAGGCCGAAGCAGCUUCGAUCAAGAUCCGAACAGACGCAGGUUUCACCCUCCACUGGGUCAGAAAGACCCCCUGGUACCAGUAAGCGAAAAGGGCUGCGGUUCCUCUGCUUCACGCUGGUCCUGUCCAGCUGUCCAGGAGGACGUUGAAUGGACAGAUGAAUGCUUUUGUCAGAGCUGCGAUAUCAGUUUCCCCUCGUUGUUAAAUGGGUAAAGUGUCUCUUAUUAGUCCCGUGUCCUGUCUGUAACAGUUGCUGUUCUGGUCGAAUGUAAACAACGGGACUGUCAGUGCGAGUUAUGGGUUAGAAGCUUUCUGGGAAACCUCUCUCUUUAGUUCCGUUUUUUUCCUCUAAAGUGUGUAAAAAUGUCUUUUUAAAGCUUAUUCUGAAAAGAAAAAUAAAUCCCAGGAAUAUAUAUAUUUUGAUCUGAGGUUAGACUCCACAUAGGGAGACCGUUUCUCGCUCUCUUCCAGCCACAAACCACGUUGAGUUAAAUUUAAACAGUUUUCUCAAGAAAGAGACAUUUCUUUUAUACAUAUAUAUCUUUGUACCGCUUCUUUUUACUAUCACGAUCAUUUGUCGAGUCUCUAGGUUAAGCACACGAUCUUGAGGAGAUGUUACAAGUACAGUAUAAGCCUGCUCAGCACACGCAAGAUGUAUCCAGCGGUAUUAUGUCUGUUUACACUAUUCUUCUUUAUUACAACAAGUCAAAGAGAAACACUGUUCAUUGUUUUAAGUCUUGUAAUGCGGUUGUCGCGUUCCUUAUUUUGUCCGCUGCCAAAGACGUUCUGCCUACGAUCCUGCAACGUAGACUUGUCCUCCGUGGCUGUAGACUGCAACGCGUAUUUGAGCUAAAGGGCUAGUUUCUAUAGGCUAAACUAAGAGUAGGAGAAGACAUGGUUUGACCCAGGUUGCUUUGAGAAUGCAUGCAACAAACAGGCUUAGCUACACUAUUAAUAGCCAAAAAUUAUUACUUUAACUUCCCCAGCAAGCUGCAAAAAAAAAAAAGAAAAAGCUCCCAAGUCUUGCCUGCUGUUUGUUUUUCUUUCAUUAACGUUGUGCACAAUCAUUUUUUUUUUCUUGCCAUACGUGAAUUGCACACUUCCUCCUAGGUAGUCAAGGGAACGAUGAAGCACAGAACCUACCGCUGGUUGAAAAUCAUCCGUUUUAUAUUCUCUCACAUGUCUUGAUACACUAAAAAUAAUGCAAAACGAUGUAGUAGAAGCUCAUGAAAUAUCCGAGGACUGUUGGUGUGAAUGUGUCCUUCUAAGUCUCUGAUACCAACUGAUGUGCCUUUGCGAAAAUAAACUUUAUUUGCAAUUAAUGGAGUUUUGAUUUUAAGAUGUUUUGUAACGUUUAUACAAGCUGGUAUCGUGGUGUUCUCUUUCUCUCUCUUUUUUUUUUGUCAAAACACUUUGUUGUAUAUGAUUCUUCUUAACAGUUAAACACAAGAGUUUUACUUCCGGUCAAAUUAUGCUCUAUGCAAAUCAUUAUUAUUUUUUUUUUGUCUUUUUGGAAAAUAUCUUAAAAUUAUGCAACUUAGUUUAAAUGGGCCUGAACCUAAUUUUAUUUGGGCACUGUUCACAAUUUUGUAAUAAAGCAUUUUAUAGCACUUGGA